CGCUUCGCUGGGACCCCCCCCCCCCCCGCCUUCGUUCAGCUCUCGCUCGGGACCAUAACCUCUGAGGUGGCGCGGCACCUGCUCUUUCAGUCUCAUAUGCCAACAAAAACAACCUGUCUGUCCUCACAAGUAUCUGAAGAUGAACAGAAACAAAAAAAAGAAAAUAUUCGUUCUUUAACUAUGUCUGGCCAUGUUGGUUUUGAGAGUUUGCCGGAUCAGCUGGUCAAUAGAUCCAUUCAGCAAGGCUUCUGUUUUAAUAUUCUCUGUGUGGGGGAGACUGGAAUUGGAAAAUCAACGCUGAUUGACACAUUGUUUAAUACUAAUUUUGAAGACCAUGAAUCCUCACAUUUUUACCCACAUGUUAAACUUAAAGCUCAGACAUAUGACCACGAAAGUAAUGUUCGAUUGAAAUUGACCAUUGUGAAUACAGUAGGAUUUGGUGACCAAAUAAACAAAGAAGAGAGCUACCAACCAAUAGUUGACUACAUAGAUGCUCAGUUUGAGGCCUAUCUCCAAGAGGAGCUGAAGAUCAAGCGCUCUCUCUUUAGCUACCACGAUUCUCGCAUCCACGUGUGUCUCUACUUCAUCUCCCCUACAGGUCACUCUCUGAAGACACUAGAUCUCUUAACAAUGAAGAGCCUUGACAGCAAGGUGAACAUUAUACCAGUGAUUGCCAAAGCAGAUGCAAUUUCUAAAGCUGAAUUACAGAAGUUUAAGAUCAAGCUCAUGAGUGAAUUGGUUAGCAAUGGUGUCCAGAUAUAUCAGUUUCCAACAGACGAUGAAACUAUUGCUAAAAUCAAUGCUUCAAUGAAUGGACAUUUGCCAUUUGCUGUUGUAGGAAGUAUGGAUGAGGUAAAAGUUGGAAAUAAGAUGGUCAAAGCUCGCCAGUACCCAUGGGGUGUUGUACAAGUGGAAAAUGAAAACCACUGUGAUUUUGUAAAGCUCCGGGAAAUGCUCAUUUGUACAAACAUGGAAGAUCUGCGAGAACAGACCCACACUAGGCAUUAUGAACUUUACAGGCGUUGCAAACUGGAGGAAAUGGGCUUUACAGAUGUGGGCCCAGAGAAUAAGCCGCUCAGUCUUCAAGAGACCUAUGAAGCUAAAAGACAUGAAUUUUAUGGAGAAUGUCAGAGGAAGGAAGAAGAAAUGAAGCAGAUGUUUGUGCAGCGAGUAAAGGAGAAAGAAGCCAUACUGAAAGAAGCUGAAAGAGAGCUACAGGCCAAAUUUGAGCACCUUAAAAGAGUUCAUCAAGAAGAGAGAAUGAAGCUUGAAGAGAAAAGAAGAUUCUUGGAAGAAGAAAUAAUAGCUUUCUCAAAAAAGAAAGCUACGUCGGAGAUAUACCAGAACCAGUCCUACCUGGCAUCAGGCAGCAACCUGAAGAAGGACAAGGACCGUAAGAACUCCAAUUUUAUGUAAAACAAAGGUUCCAGAUCACAGAAGGUCAUCACAAGCAAAAGUUAUUAAAAUGUUAGAAGUA